GGCGGAAGUUGUUUACUCCUGUAGCAACAACGCUUAACACUUCCGACCGCAAGGUGUUUCCGCCUUUUUAAAACAGUUUCUUCUUCAGUGGACUGGUCUCAGCUGAACCAAAGAUUCUCCAUUUCAUAUUACACAUGUAUAUUAAAAAGAAUCAUUGAAAUGUCUUUGUCUGCGGAUGGAAACAAGCCCAAUGAGGAGGCAGAGGCCAGCCGGUUGGAGUCUUGUUUGGAUCAACCAAUGGGUUCGAGCAGUGUCCAUGAAGACGUCAGGUAUCGUCCCUCACCGCUGCCAGCCGAACAUUACGACGCCGACACCACCGAACCAAUCAGCUGUGGUCUUCAAACUUUGGAGGAGCUGUUGUCAUGGAAACGAAACGAGGCGAACCCCUUUAAUGUGGCAGCAGUCCCUCUGGCACCUCGGGAGCCUCCUCUGGCUAGCUGUCCACGUCGGACCUUGGUGUCUCAUGACAUGAUGGGCGGCUACCUAGAUGACCGGUUUGCCCAGGGGACAAAUGCAGAGGCCCCAUAUGCCUUCUACCACUGGCAGUACAUCGAUAUCUUUAACUACUUCACACACAAAAUGGUGACAAUUCCUCCCGCUGUGUGGACCAAUGCUGCACACAAACAUGGAGUCGUUGUUCUGGGGACGUUUAUCACGGAGUGGACCGAUGGCGCCGCGGUGUGCGAGGCCUUCCUGAAAGACGAGGAGUCGUACCGGGCUGUGGCUGAUAAACUGGUCCAGAUCAGCUACUGUUACGGCUUCGAUGGCUGGCUCAUUAACAUAGAGAACCCCCUCAGUAAGGUCGCGGUGGAGAACACGCCUUUGUUCCUGCGCUAUCUCACAGACCAGAUGCACGAGCGAGUGCCUGUCAGCCUGGUCCUGUGGUACGACAGCGUGAUCGAGAACGGACAGCUAACGUGGCAAAAUGAGCUCAACGAGUCCAACAGGGUGUUUUUCGAUGCUUGUGAUGGCUUCUUCACCAACUACAACUGGACCGAGCAGAACCUGGAGUGGAUGGGGGAGUACAGCGGGGUCCAGGGCCGCCAGGCUGACGUCUACAUCGGGGUGGACGUCUUCGCCCGAGGCAAGGUGGUGGGAGGAAUGUUGGAAACAAAUAAGGCGCUGGACGUCAUUCGGAAGCACAACUUCUCCGCAGCCGUCUUUGCUCCAGGCUGGGUGUACGAGACCAGCAGUGACAAGACCCAGUUCCGCAAGAAUCAGGACAACUUCUGGGCUCUUCUGUCAGACUACCUGUACAUCCACCGGCCAGCCUCUCCUCUCCCCUUCAUCUCCUCCUUCUGCCAGGGCUUUGGGAAGGCUGUCUACUGGAGAGGACAGCGUGAGGCGAACAGGAGCUGGUUCAACCUGACAGCCCAGGAGAUCCAGCCCUUGUACUACCAUACGGAGCUGGAGGGCCAGGGCUGGCUGAGCAGCCGCGGCUGCCCCGAGGACGCCUGGAACGGGGGCUGCUCACUGCUGCUGGACGGACUCAUCCCCGCCGCUCACACGUCUCCAGUUUCUGCCAGGGUCUUCUCCCUCCACGUACCCCUGGCACCCAAGACUCUGGUCACCCUCAUCUACAAGCCAUCGGCUGGGAUCAAGGUUUCCUUAGAGCUGAAGACGACAGACCCCAGUCUUUGCACACACAACGUCCAGGACGUCAAACUUGUGUUUCCCGUCACACUGGAUGACAGGAUCCAGAUGUUGAGCCUGUUCUCUCAGCUGUGUGGCAACAUGAGUCCAGAUGACUGGACUGUCGGGUGUUCCCAGCUGGAGCUUCGUGGCUGUGAUCUGAGAGAAGUUUGUCUCAGCAUCGAGCGGAAUGGACAGCCUCAGGACACAGCUUUCAGCUGCCGGGUGGGAGAACUCAUGCUCUUGGAUGUAGCCAGUCUGCAGGUCCCCCCUGAGCUGGUUCAGGGCUUGUGCAUCUACGACGUGGUGUGGCUGCGUGCUGCCGGGACCUCGCCAGAGUCCACCUCCCCCCUCCUGCACCUAAACGCCACUCUGCGCUGGGACUACCCCACCCAGCUCGUGCGCCACUUCCGGGUGUACUGGCGCCGGCUCAGAGGACCCGACCCCCGCAUCCCCCCGGGUCAGCUGGUUCUGGUGGGCCGGGCGUACUUGAAUAUUUUCAGAGUGACGGAGCUGGCCGUGCCGGAAGCACCCAGCCUGCUGGAGCUGGUGGUGGAGCCAGUGAUCAGGAAGGGCUUCCCGGUCCCGGAGAGCCACUGGGGAAGAAGAAGCCUCAGCUACACAGAGGACUCAACACGGUGACUCUAUUUCUGGCAGCCACAUUCUGAGUUCAUGAUGACUCAUGCAGGUGUUAAAAAGAGCACUUUAAUAGCCUCCAAUUAGUUUUUUGGCUCAAAAGUAAAGAGACCAAAUGUCUCAGUACAGAUGUUCCAGGUCCCCAGCUGAGUUUUCACUUAUCCAAAUGCAAAUGGGCUGGCACAGUUUGGUAGUGGACUCAAGUUCCAGAACUGUAAAGGCCCAGAUAUACUUUUCUUUAACUACGUGUUCGUAAGAUGGCUGCCAGUGACCCGCGUAUCCUGCGUGAACGGGGGGGGGGGGGGGGGGGGGGGGGGGGGGGGGGGGGGGGGGCAGUGUAUCGUCUGCCAGGUCAACAGCUGUUCCACACUGUGGCCAAGAAAAAUCUUCCGGUGUUGGCCGGGGAUGAAAUAGCCCUGAUCUGCCCCUAGUGGAAACACUGUACUUUUAAUCUUCCAGGUACACGCAUAGUACUCAGGCAAGUAUGUAAACAAUGCUGUUCACGCUGCCGUCUACACGUUCGUUAAAAAGCUAGUGUAUCUGGGCCUCCACAUACUGUAUCUACAGCCAUGCUAGCAGCUCCGUCUGGCUUUUUGCUAACAUUAGCAUGCUCACAAACACAAUGUUAACGUUUAGCAUGUAUGUUUUCCAUGUACACCAUCGUAGUUUAGCAUGCUAGCAUGUGCUUAAUAGCUUUGAACAUACAGUAAAAUGAGGCUGAUGUACAGGUUUGUGCUUAUAUUAAAGUAAAUUGACCAAUGAUGGCACUAGAUCAAGAGUAACGGCAUUGUUGAAGUUAUUACAAGUUUUAUUACAAUUACAGUUUGAAAUAAAGUGGGGGGCUGACUAAGGAAUUGCUUUUCCUACAGCGGAGAUCUUCAACAGGGGGUCCAGGGGCCCCUAGGUGGCCUGGGGACCACCAAAUUAUUGCAAUUUUUGUUCAAAAAUAAAAAUGUCUCAUCAUGAAUCCAACACAUUAGCAAAUAUAAAUCAGGCUAUUUGUAAAAAAACAAACAAAAACAUUAACAUUGCAUACAUGCAACUCAAUUGUAUACAUUAUAUGUAGAAGGGGGCCCCUGCUCCAUGUCUUUCAGUUAAGGGGUCCUUGCCUUAAAACUUUAAAGACCCCUGUCCUAGAGCAAUACCGCUAGUGUGGCUAAACCUUUGUGGGAUCACCAAUUCUUUAGUUUUAUUACCUACGGUAGAGGAUUAGGGACACGUGAAAAAAAUGUAUUGAGUUUAAAGUCAGAAUUCUAGGAAAAAGUCAGCAUUUGGAGAAUAAAAAUCGGAAUUCUGAUUUUAAACUCAAAACUAAAUUUUACAUGUGGCCCUAAUACUCUUCCAUAAUUACCAAACAGCUGCAGAACUAAUGACAUCCCAUUGUGUAUACUGUCACGUACCGAAUGCUAACAUGUUAAAUUAGAAGAUGCUAAACAUUAUACAGGGUUUCUGCCUGUGUCAAAUUUAAGACCUUUUAUGAAUGAAAUUUAAAACCUGUAUCACGACAUUAAAAAACAACAAAGUCAAACGUACUUGCAACGUAAAUUCAAAUUGAAUAAAAGCGACAUGGAAUAAUAUUUGGAUGAGCGAAAGAAAUAACUACAACAACAUGGAAUGAAUAAAAAAAUGAAGACCUGUCAAAAAAGACAUAGAACACAACACUUUAAGACCUAAACAUUUUAAAUUUUAGACUUUUUUAAGACCCCCGCGGUAUACCUGCUGAACACUGCAUGUUAGCAUGCUGAACAUGCCCAGCCACAAAGAGCUGCUGUAUGGCUGUCGAUAACUCUUGCAGAACAAUAAAGGUGAUUCAUUUUUGUGACCAAACAAGCCAUACCACACCAUGAAUGCAACACAAUGUCCCCGUGAAAAGUGAUGUAAAACAUUUGUCCUUUCACGUUAAAGAAUUGGCUUUUUAGACUACUUUCAUUCAAGAAUGAAAAGGAAAACAAAAGGCUGCUUUGACACUUUGAUACCGUUGUGGAGAAGAAGCCAAGGCAGCCUGAACUAAAAAGAAAAGUGUCUUUAUUGUUAUCGCUGAAAGUGACAGAUCAUUGCUGUAAUCGGAGCACUGAGAGUCUUCAUUUGGUUAAGCAGAGACGGAAUAU